CUGGUCACGUCAUGGGCCCGUGGGACCUGUUCUUCACUGCACACCUCUGCGAGCUACUCGUCUACCUAUCCACAAAAAGUCAAAAGGAAGCUUUCCUAUCAUUCUUCUAUCUCCAUUAUUGACAUUUCUCUUGAAUUUUUUGGUUUUAAAUUCUUCCAGGAUCCUGAUCUUGAUGAAAUGGACCUAAUUUUGAGAUGAAUUUCGUUUUGUUUAUGUUGUUGCCCUGAUUUUGAAUUUUCGAAUCAUGAUGUGAUAAAUUAGUGAUUAAGAUUCAUUGUGGCAUCACAGCACAGGGCAAUUGACAUAAUCUACUAGUCAACAUACAGAACUCAUUGUUAUGGCUAAAUUCAGUUGUUGUUUUGGGAUGGUAGCUUCCCCAACAAACGGUGUUCUUGUUCAUAGAGCAAACAAUGGGGGAAGCAACAGAACUUUUGGAUGUUGAGAAUAUGAGAUUGUAUACAUACAAAGAUUUGCAAAUUGCUACAGGAGAUUUUAAACCCGAAAAUAAGAUAGGGCAAGGGGGUUUUGGUUCUGUUUACAAGGGACUACUAAAAGAUGGAAAAAUAGUUGCUAUAAAUGUUCUCUCUGCUGAAUCAAGACAGGGUUUGCGAGAAUUCUUGACUGAAAUAACUAUUAUUUCAGAUAUACAACAUGAAAAUUUGGUAAAGUUACAUGGUUAUUGUGUGGAAAAAGAUCAUAGAAUCUUGGUUUAUGGGUAUCUCAAAAACAGUAGUCUCGAUCAAACCCUACUUGGGGGGAAUCAUUGUAGCAUUAAAUUCACUUGGGAAAUUCGAAGGAAGAUUUGUAUAGGUGUUGCAAAAGGGCUUACUUAUCUUCAUGAAGAAGUGCAACCUCAUGUUAUUCAUAGGGAUAUUAAAGCAAGCAAUAUUUUACUCAAUGAAGAUUUUACACCAAAGAUUUCGGAUUUUGGUCUUGCAAAGCUUUUUCCAUCUCAUUUGACUCAUAUUAGCACAUGUAUUGCUGGAACUCUAGGCUAUUUGGCUCCUGAAUAUGCAAUAAGAGGCCAAUUGACAAGGAAAGCAGAUAUUUACAGUUUUGGUAUUUUGCUUUUGGAAAUUGUUAGUGGAAAACCCAAUCAAAAUAAACAGUUACCAGUUGAAGAACAAUAUCUUCUUGAAAGGGUAUGGGAACUAUAUAGGGAAGGGGAGCUAAAAAGGUUGGUUGACACUUCAAUGGAAGAUGAUGAUGAGGAUUAUGAUAAAGAUGAAGCUUGUAGGGUUAAUCUCAGAGUUAACAAAGUUUAA